AUGACUUGUUGUUGUGGUAAAACUUGCAAGGGUCGGAAAGGACUGUUGAUGCAUCAAAGAUCAUGUAAAUCGUACAAAUCGCUCAGAUCCACGAAGUCCGAAGUGGAACCAGUCGACAGCGGUGACAACAAUGCAACAACAUUUCAACACACAUCAGAUUCAACAACUAUUCCAAAACCACUACCGGGUAUAAAACUACCCAAAUCGUCAACACUUUGGGCUGAAGCCAACGCAUUUUUUCAUAUUGAACUAAAACGUCUUGAUAACUGUGCUGAUGUUGACAACUUCGCCAUCAAAUUUCAAAACAUAAUUUACACAUAUUUUGCGUCAAAUUAUGGAACGUUAACAAAAGAUUCAACACCCAAAAAGCACAAAAAUUGCAAUAUUAGACAUUUAAAAACAAAAUUAAAAAACUUAAAGACAUUGGCUCAGUCAGAUAGCCAACUCAACAGUGACGUCAUCAAGCUCAGCAGGCAGAUAAGGGCAACAUUAAAAACUAAUAAAGUAUCUAAAAAUAAAGACAACAUUUCAACUAAACUGAAACAGAACUUCUGGAAAACAUGA